CUCAUCCUUCAUCCGGCGGCAGAAGAGAUGAUGUUGAGGCCGAAAGCAGGAGCUGCGACACGGAUGAUGUGAGAGCCCGGAGCCGAUGGAUGGAGGACAUUUUUACCCGGUAAAGACGGAGGGAAGCUGCAGGGAUGCUCCGCGCCUCUCGGCUGCAGCAGCGUAGCGAUGGUGUAUGCAGAGUCCACGAACACAGCCGGUGUCAACCCGUCCCUCUACUCUCCAUCGUUCACCUAUCAGAUGUCAUUUAACUACUCCAAGAGAGGAAACUCUACUGUCCUGGCAACCUUACCAACAACCCCCCUCUGCAGCCUCGAGGGCCCAUCCUCCGGCCAGCCCAACGCCACCUCCGCCUCCUACGAGCUGACCUCAGGUGAGGUGGCCAUCCUGGGCCUGGUGUUCGGGGUUCUGUGGCUGGUCUCCAUCCUGGGAAAUGCCCUCGUCUGCCUGGUCAUCCACCGCAGCCGGCGGACUCAGUCCACCACCAACUACUUUGUGGUGUCCAUGGCCUGCGGCGACCUGCUCAUGAGCCUCAGUUGCGCCCCAUUUGUCCUCCUGCAGGUCGCUGCUGGUCGAUGGCCGCUGAGUGCCACCACCUGCAAAGCUGUACGUUACCUGCAGCACCUGUGUCCAGGUGUGCAGGUCUACGUCCUGCUUUCCAUCUCUGUGGACCGAUUCUAUACGAUUGUCUACCCGCUGAGCUUCAAAGUGUCCAGAGAAAAGGCCAAGAAGAUGAUCGUGGCCUCGUGGCUGUUUGACGCAGCCUUCGUGUCGCCCUGCUUCUUCUUCUAUGGAUCCACAUCCACAGACAGUCACUGUGACUUCUUUCUCCCGGACAGCUGGGGCAGUGUAGCCUAUGCUGCCAUCCACCUCCUGUUUGGGUUUCUGGUGCCGCUGGCCUUGAUUGUGUCCUUCUACCAGCGGGUGGUCCGCUAUAUCUGGAGGAUCAGUGCUGAUGGCCACAUGGUGCGCCGGACGAUGAACAUCGUCCCACGGACAAAAGUCAAGACCAUCAAAAUGUUCCUCAUGCUCAACUCGGUCUUCUUCCUCACCUGGACGCCGUUCUACAUCGCCCAACUGUGGCACCCGAGGGAGUCGCCCAACCGGCAGGGACUGCUGUUCUUCACGGCCAUCGCCUGGAUCUCCUUCAGCUCCACGGCGUCCAAACCAACUCUGUACUCCGUCUACAAUGCAAACUUCAGGCGCGGCAUGAGGGAGACCUUCUGCAUGUCGUCUAUGAAAUGCUACCGCAGUAACGCAUACACCAUCACCGCCAGCUCCCGCAUGGCCAAAAAGAACUACGUCGGCGUGGUGGACAUCCCAGUGCAGGCCAAGACGGUCACCAAGGACUCAGUCUACGAUACGUUUGACCGAGACGCUAAAGAGAAGAAGGUAGCUUGGCCAACCAACGCCAACCCUCCCAACACCUUUGUGUGAAGGAAACUGAGAACAUUCAACAAAAGACUGAAACUUUCUUGUCUAACAGCACAAUGUUGGCAGGUGAGCUAGCUGGAGGCUAACAUGCUAGCUCUGUACUGAAGUUCCCAGAAUGUGUUGAGUUUGUAUAAAGGGCUUUCCUCUGAUCUAACAAACCUCCAGCAGCCACACUGGAGGCCAUUUUUAUACUUCAGAUUCUAACCAGAGUUUAUUCCGUGCCGUGUUUGAUGGGUUGUUUUGGAUGCUUCAAAUUUUGUGUUUAAUGUUGGUUUGUUCUGUGGUCUUCUAUCAGAAUCUGUUGUACCUGCACCUGGUUCGCUACAGUAAUGUUUGUGGUAGAAGCUAACAUCAGUAAAGGCUCAUAUGUUACCACUGAAA